UUAUAGCCCGUUCUGUUAUAAGUGAUUUAAUUAAAAGGGUGGUAACAAAGAUGUUUUUGCCUUGAAUAAGCAGUUUAUGAAUAUUCAAGCAGGUAUCUUAUGAUGGGGAGUAAUUAAAUAGAGUUUUAAUGAGGAACGACGGUUACUUUAAAUGGAACAAGUUUUGACAUUACAUCAUACUGGAAUGUUGAAGUGUUUAAUGAUUAAAUAUGAUAAAUCUAAAUUUAGAUCGGUCAAAUUCUUUUUAGAAAUUGAUUGAAAUUUAAUUUGUAAUUGACUGGAAAGACAUGUUAAAAUAAUCGAAAUUCGUGGGAUUUAAAUGAUCUCCUUUUGUUGCCAAAAAAGUGUGCUUUGGAUGUUGUCAAAACGUUAUUUUUUUCUAAAAUUGAGUUGAUUGUGUGAAGAUCAGUUACAUUCCAGGUUGUUUGUGUAACGGAUUACCAUUACAUUAAUAAGGAGAAACAAUAGUUGAAAAAAUGCCAGUGUUUGUACUAUGAAUGUUGAACAGAGUUGGACAUCCUUCAAAAAAAGAUUAUAUCGGGGAUCAUACGGUCAGAUUUGUUGACAUACGCCUCAUUGGACAGGACCGUAUUUAUAAUAUAGUAUGACACUAUAUCAAUUAUUGACACACAAGUCAUAGAGCCAAGGUGUUACAUACAAGGCAAAGUUUGGAUAUAUUUAUAUUGGGAAUGCUUUAUGUAUUUACGAAAUGGUGUGAAACGUUUUGUUAAAAAUGGCAUAAUGGUAUGGAAAAGUUAAUAAAAGCAGAUUUUUGUAUAGGUAAUGGUAUAUCGAUUAAGCUGUGGAUCAAAAGGACUUAGAGAAGUGUACGUGAAAAAGUUCUGAAAAAUAUUUCGACACCCGUAUGCUGACUUCCAUAAGAAGAUUUAUGCGAAAUGGCAGAUCUAUGUACGGCUAAUAUCAUAAAGCCAUUAUUUGACUUAGGGUAAUGUAAUAAUAGGAUUUUAUUCCAUACAAAACUUCAAUCCCCUGUGAAAAAGUUUGUAUGAUUUUUAAAUCUUUUUAUCGACACCGUAUGAUAAUUAACCUGCUAUUUAAUCACCUUGUUUUCAUUUCGUUUGGAUAAAGAUGUUGAUAUUAAAAUUUGGAUAAUCUUGUCUUAGUGAUUUCGAAAAAUGAUAAAGAGAUUAAAAGAUAACUGAAUAAGAUAUACAGGGGGAAAAAUAUCAAUUAAAAAUGUGAGAUACAGACUUUAUGUGACCAGUGCACUGUAUUUGGAAUUAUUUUUUUUAAGGUAAAAUACGAUAAAUGACGUGACUUUCUGUUCAGUUUGUUGAUAAUAAAUUGAUGUAAAAACACUAAAAUUGGUGUAAAAACAAUAAAUUUACUGUACCUGUUUGUCAUCUGAUAAAGGACUUUAUUUGAAAAGCAAUUGCAUCUGUUAUAAAGAAAAUUGCAUGAGAAAAUUAGUAGUUGUUACCUUGGAACGAUCUAGGUCUGAAUUAUUAUAAAUUACAAAGUGGCUUCAAAUUACUGACACCCUUAGGCAAUGAAGUGGAUUUAAUUUUUUGCCGUUUGUGUAAUUUUGCUAAAUGAGAAAAUGUGCUAGACACGUUUUCCUUAAAUAGACCAAAAUGUAGUUUUAAAAUGAUAUGUAUGACAAGGCUGUGUUAAAUACUGAAAUGAAAACGUUUGAAAUUUGACGAUAAAACUCUUAAGGUUAUCUGAUAUAUUGAUAUAAUUAAAAAAUGGAUGAGAAAUAUCAUGCACAGUGUUCAUUUAACUCUGCACAAGAGGUUUUUAAAAGUCCUUGGACUUCCAACUUAUUAUAUAUGAUAAGUGAAGAUGAUAUAGUCGGCUCAAAAUGAAGGAAAUAUAUAUAUAACUGCGUGUGUAUACAGUUGUCAUUUCUCGAAAUAAAAAUUCUGCAUAUGUAUCAGGAAAUUGAUAUUCGAGCGGAUAUAUAUCCAUGGUUUAAAAUUCUACAAUAGAUUUCUGUCAGUGUAGAAAAACAUAAAGUUGAAAACAGGAAACGAGAAUUUAAAAUGUCAAAAACAAGGUGAAUCCUGAAUGCUAAAGUUGAAAUCUCCGUCCGUAUUAGUCUGUGAUGUAAAUAUUUCCAAAUAUGGAUUUUGAUGAAGACGAUGAGGUGUUUUUAUCCAAUGAGAUUGAAGCAGAACUGGAGAAGGAUCUAUGGUCCUCGCCCUUAAUGAAUUAUAGUUCACCGUUUGAUGAUUACCAGGAUUUAUAUGCUGAUAUUGAUAAACCAAAGUCUCGUCACAGCUCCAGCAGACUGCCAGUGCCCAUAGGUCAAGGUCCAGGAAGGGCGGACAGGGAAGAUCAUGACGAACCAGACUUUGCACGGCCACUUUCCACAAAGGUUCCACACGCCAAGAGGUUACCAAGCUCUGCCAGCUCCACUGUCUCCACGGGGUCCGCAUCUGGAAAGAGGAGCGGGCUCGGGCUUUCAAAAUCUUCAUCAAGUACAGCUGCUAGACUGUCAUUUAGGAGGAAAUCUGCUCCCGAGUCGACAGGAGGUGGUGCUGGGGCUGUUGAUGAGGAAUUCUUCAUAAGAUCAUUUGAAGAUGUUCAGAAAGUACAGAUGUUUUCUGCUAGAGAUCUUACAGAUCAUCUUAACAAAUGUAAAGACACUUUAGCCGAUACAAACAUAGCUUGGGAAAAACGGGUAGAUGCUUUGAAGAUAUUACGUGGUAUAGUAGUAGCGGGAGCACCAGAAUAUGAUGAUUUUUAUCCAUUUUUGAGGGUUCUUGAGCCGUGCUAUAUGAAUAGUAUAAAGGACUUGAGGUCUCAGGUUGUGCGAGAAGGAUGUAUCACAGUUGCGUAUUAUUCACAGCGACUGGGUAACAAGUUUGACCACAGUGCAGAGACGUUAUUACCUGCCCUCAUUAAUCUCAUUCCAAAUAGUGCCAAAAUUAUGUCAACAUCCGGAAUUAUGUGUAUUAGGUUCAUAUUACAGUAUACAUUUUCAUCCAGACUCAUUCCUGUGAUCACCAAUAAUAUGUCAUCCAAGGCCAGUAUCAUUAGAAGGUUAAGCUGUGAGUUCCUAAACCAGAUUUUACACACAUGGCCAACACAUAUACUAGAGAAACAUAUUGCCAUAAUACAAGAAUCCAUUAAAAAGGGUAUCAGUGAUGCCGACUCUGAAGCCAGAUCAUUUGCUCGAAAGUCUUUCUGGGGGUUUGCGGAUCAUUUCAAAGAUCAAGCAGAUGCCUUGUUAAAUCACCUAGAUCCAGCAAAACAGAAAGCUUUACAAGGUGAACUGAGUAACUCAUCUAGUAACAACUCUCUCAACAGUGGAGAACGGUUGGCUGCUGGGAGGGUGCGGGCACGUUCAGCUAGUCAAGAUAGAGGAUACGAGUCAAGUACUUUAGGUCGUAUUAAUAAAAAAGGUCAUCAGCGGUUCCGGUCGGCACGCAGUGACACAGGAGGAGACCUCGACAAUGAUGACAUAGAUGGCCAACAGGAAGAUUUAGAAACAUUUAAUGAACCGCCAUCGAGUCACAGACAAAAUGGAAUGAUGCGUUCGAGCAGUGCGGUAGAUAUCGCUAACCGAUCGGGCGGAGCGGUAUCUACUUCAACACUGCCUCGGAGACGCUCGUCUUCGACGAUGCUUGCGGCAAAAUUGUCUAAUGGAUCAACACAAUCGCUACCACGUCAGAAAUCUCAUGUUGUACCCUCGUCAUAUUCAUCCAGUCGUAUUUCACCGCAAGAUCAUCAUGGUCGUAAUCGUACACGAUUAGGAACCUCUCAGUCGCAACCCAAUAGCCGAUCCAGUUCACCCACCCCACGUGCCAGUUACCUGACCCACACUACCGGGCAUGCAGCUCCCUUGACCCCUAGUCGACCUAGAAAGGCAUCCUCAAUCUCGAACCCGAGAAGCCAGGGAACCAGCAGAGAGACAAGUCCAUCCAGAUCUGUUAAGUCAUCAGGCUACGGUUUACCAGGGCGAGAACGAAGAUUCAGCGGCAGUAAAAGUGCUGGUAAAAGUGGGCUGACUGUGAAAACAUUGAAACCAGGUCAGGAUGUAGAGGAACUUCUGGCUGACGCACUGCGUCAGCCUAUAAGAAAACGAUACGAGAGUUAUGAUUCAGAUGAUAAUGCCAGUGAAACUUCCAGUGUGUGUUCAGAAAGGUCAUUUAGUUCAUACGGGAAAACGUCAGAGGCAUCAAACUCCACAACUGAAAAAGAAAGAUGGCCUCGCCGUCUCUCGACACCGUCCAAGGAUAUGGGAGAAAUUCUCGCUUUGUUGCAGAGUAGCUCAUACCAAGACAGAAAGGAAGGUGUAGUGAGCUUACAGAAAUUACUUCGUCAAAAUAGAUUUUUAACGCGGAUAGAAUUGAAGAAGGCCACAGAAAUAUUUACAAGAAUGUUUCAUGAUCCGCAUAGUAAAGUUUUCAGUUUAUUUCUGGAAAUGUUAAUAGAUCUGAUACAGUUGCACAGUAGAGAUAUGACAGACUGGUUAUAUGUGUUAUUGUCACGGUUACUGAAUAAACUAGGAGCAGAUAUCCUCGGUUCAUUGCAAGCCAAAGUUCAACGAACGCUAGAUGCCACCAGGGAAAAUUUUCCGAGUGAUCUUCAAUUUAACAUAUUAACACGGUUUAUGAUCGACCAAACACAGUCACCUAGUAUGAAGGUAAAGUUAGCCAUGUUGAAUUAUUUGAAUACACUGGUACCUUGUAUGCAAGCUGAUGAUUUCACCAACUCCAGUGACACAAGACUUGUCGUCUCUCGGAUUAUCACAUGGACAAAUGAACCAAAAAAUGUUGAAGUUAGAAAGUCAGCACAGUUGGUAUUGUUUGCAUUAUUCAACUUGAAUCCUUCAGAGUUUACUAUGAUGUUGUCUGGCUUACCGAAGGCAUUCCAGGAUGGGGCGACCAAAAUUCUCAACCAUCAUAUGAAGGGUGCUCAUGAACCGGAAGUGCUCACGCCCAGAAAUACUGCCAGCCCACAGAUGCAUCAGAACCGUAGUCGGCCCUCAUCUAGGGGACCGUAUAGCAGAGAUGAGGCGGACACAGAAAACAUGAACCCUGAAGACAUUUAUAAUUCUAUAAAGAAAACAUCAGCUGAUAUUCAAAAUCUCAGUUUUAAUAGUAAACUUGAUCAAUUUGACGAUGUGAAAAAGCGCAAAGACUUUACGUCACAAGAUAGUGGUAUUCAGGAUUUACGGAAUGACAGUCCCGAUGCCGGGGAAUCCAGAAAGCCGCAGUACAAUCCUUCACGUUAUUCAGAUGAGAGCACAUUGAAUGGAUAUAACCGAAGUAACCAAGCGGAAGCAGUGUUCAAUGCCGAAAAUGAUAUUUCUUUCAAUGAAGAUCCAUUCAGACUAUUACUUGGUUGGAAUUUAAAGGAGGGGUCCUUAGAUCAAGAAGAAAUGAUCAAUGAAAUUCUCAAAGAACUUUCAAAUCAUAAUGAAAGGCAUGAGGAACGUAAGAACACGAUGUUGUCUCUAAUCAAGUUGACAAGGGAGGGUAUGUUUGAGCUCUGGGACGAACAUUUUAAGAGUAUCCUGCUAAUAUUACUGGAAACUCUCGGGGAUGAUGAUGUUCAAGUGCGGUCAUUAGCAUUGCGGGUGUUACGAGAGAUCUUACGUAACCAAUCUCAACGGUUUGAAGAGUACGCUGAACUCACCAUGCUAAGAAUUCUUGAAGCUCACAAAGACCCUGCCAAAGAGGUUGUUCGGGCAGCAGAGGAAUGUGCUGCUACUUUAGCGAGUUACACACCACCAAUCCAGAGUAUACGUAUUUUAAUUCCAAUUGUUAAGGCGGCGGAGUUACCGAUGAACUUGGCAGCUAUCAAGAUGCAGACCAAGGUUGUGGAGCAGAUGUCUGCAGAGGAGCUGUUACCCACAUUGCCGGAGGCAAUGCCGGGGCUUCUUAAGGGAUAUGAUGACAGUGAGAGCAGUGUACGGAAAGCCAGCGUGUUCUGUCUUGUUGCCAUAUACAUGGUUGUCGGAGAAUCUCUGCGACAAUAUCUCACAGAUCUUAAUGGUAGUAAGAUUAAGUUAUUAAACUUAUACAUCAAAAGAGCACAGGCACAGAAAGAUAGUGGGAAAUUACUGUCUCCUCAUAGUUCCGACACUUCAUGAUAGCUAGCCAAUGGCAUGCUAGGAUUUAUUUGAUUGACAGUUACUAAUAUAGCUGGUAGCCAAUCAUAUCCCAGAAUGUGUUAGAUGGGCCAGUGCACAACCAGGUUGUUAUCCAAUCAGAUUUAUGAUUACAAAAGUGAUAUAAGAAUUGCAUUCACUGGACAGAAAAUGUCAUACUUUGAGAAAAUUAAUAUUAAAUCAUAAAGGGAGAUAAUAGCUUUUUGCUAGUUCAAGCAAAAUAGGGAAAAUAAGUGGACUUUUAAUUUUAAAACAUUGGUCAAGAGUGUGCAUGUGUUACCAUGCCCACUAAAUGUGAUAACCUAUAAUUAAACAGCAUAUGCUCACGAAGUUCCAAAUAUAGAAAUAAAAAACUGGAUAUGUAAUAAAGCGUAUCUCAUGUGAUGAGAUCAGACUGAUGUGUAGCUAGAACUUCAAUUUUUAUUGUACACUAGAUAAGCAUCAUUCCAUUGUACAUGCUGUGCUCAUUUUCAUUGACAAGUAUUUACACCGAUCAUUAUACAGAACUCGUGUAAUUCUAAAUUUACUACAUGGAAGUGCUUGUAUUAAUAAGAAAGUGUUCCUUUUCAGUGGUGUUUGGGUAGUUUUGAGGGAAGUUCAAGUUCGUUUAUAAAUGGUUUUUUUUGGAUAUUGAAGUUGAAAUGUUUUCUUUGAAUUUUCAUACAACAUUGUUAAUGAUGUACUUUGAAUUUUUUUGUACAUUUUGUUCUGGUGUUGAAAUGUUAAAAGUCCUUUUCUUAUUUUUCGUUUUCUUUUUUUGCCAAAGUUUAUAACAUAGUGCAGAUAUUUCAGAACUGAAAAGGACUACUAAACAUAAAAAAGUAUUUACAGAGUGACAUUAUUACAGUUAAAUAGUGUACUUACUCACCUGUAAGACAGGGAAAUGUACUUAAAAUGUCAGCGCUGAAGUUAAGCCCCCCGUCUUAUGUAUGUUACUGUUGUGAAGAAUAGAUUUUAAUUAUGAGGUUAUUUAAUAUAUAUCUGUCUGACAGAUUUCUGAGAUAGGAAGCAACUCAUAUUAUUAUAUUACCCUACUAAUGGGAAGUUUCUAUCCACUUAAGGUAGUUUCUUUGUUUUGGGAAUGUUGAUAAAUAAGGCUAUGAAAUUGGAAAUUUGUACAUCAAGUUUCAGUGAAAAGGUAUAUUACCACGUAUCUUUCACUGUCUCUUUAACAUUAUAUUCAGGAAUAAACCAGUGUUCAUCUGUGAUAUAUUUGAGCAUUGAUAGGUAAUCCAUUAAAGGGGCACAGCACCAGCUUUAUGUCAGAUAUUUGGAAAUUUAAAUAUUCAGACAUAACAUCAUACCUGUAAUAUACCAGCUUAUUAAUGCAGGAAAUGAUUUUCAAGAUUUAAAUGUGUAUCUGGAGGUAUGCCCCAUAAAUUUGAAUGAAAAAGAUAGAUGUUAGCUGUGGUGAAAAAGACAGGGUAUUUUCCACUAUUUUGGUAUGAAAUAACAUAUUUUUGUUUAAUUCUUUUACACAUAAUCAUGUUACUUAUCACAGUUUUUUUCUGCUCAGUCUAAAAGUGUCUUACUGCUUAAAAAAAACACCACCUAAAGCUUGCACUUUAAACUCACACUUAACCACCUUAAUAACAUUACAUCUGCAUUGUUGAUUGUAGUAUUGUCCUGUUGCAAAAAUAGCUUCAGUUAAGCUUUACCACCUUUUAAAUUGAAUAAACCGCAACAAAGUAAUGCCAAAUUUUAUUUGCUUUAAAACCCCGCAAAUUGUUUCUAGGAUUUCAUUAAAUUAUUUGAGCCGUGCCAUGAGAAAACCAACAUAGUGGGUUAGCAACCAGCAUGGAUCCAGACCAGCCUGCGCAUUCACACAAUCUGGUCAGGAUUCAUGCUGUUCGCUAACAGUUUCUCUAAUUGCUAUAGGCUCUGAAAGCGAACAACAUGAUCCUGACCAGACUGCGCGGAUGCACUCAAAAUUUUUUUCUCUUGUAUGAUGAUUGUUUAAUAAUUAUUGGGCAAACUGUAUGGACUUGAAAGGAUGAUUCAUUUGCUUGUGUAAUAAUUUAAAGGAUGGUAAUUAACCUUUAGCCUGCUACAUUUCUAAAAUUGACUGGUCCUUCAUUUAACUUGGGAAGUACCAUUUAUUAUUUGAAGGGGUGUUCACUGCAAAUUAUGGACUGAAUAGUGAACAGUGCAGAUCAUGAUCUACCCUGGUCGCAAAGGCAGAACCAGUUGUGUCCAGCAUGAUAAGUGUUAAAGGGAAACGGCAGUUGUAAGAAAUUCUGGUUUAGUUUCUGUAGUGUAACAUGUAUUGUUUUUUUCUUUUUUUUUUUCUGAUCGAGAAAUGUACUACAAGGAACAGAGCACAGCUAUAGAGGUGUUUAAUGUUUAUACUGUUUUUUGUAGAAAAAUGAAAAAUUACUACAUAAAUCUAACAGCCUGAUACACCUUGGAAAGUAUCAGGCUAGAAGAUCGAUGCUGUUUUUGGGCGACUAGCCAUAAAAAUUGCAUAAUAAGUAUUAUUAUUGCACCUGUUUUGAAUAUUAUAUUUUUGGAAACAUUUUCACUGAACAUAGGAUAAGCACAACUUCUGUAUCUCUUUUUAUCUUACCUUAUAAGUAUAUAUAAAUUCAUGUAAUUAUUUGUAUGUACAUUGUUACCAAGGUGAUAUUAGUCUAGCAUUCUAUUUAUACUGUAGUUUUCAAGGGACAUUGUAAUUCUAUGUUAAUUAAUCAACACUGUUAGGCAUGAUAUUCCUUACCAGUUAUGUUCAGUUUCUUCAGAUUUUUUAGUUGAAAAUUUAUGAUUUUCCAUUAGUUAUCGGGUGAAAAUGUGAUAUAAAAUAGUAGAAUCUUCUAGGGCAGAUUUGAAUUACACUUUUAUGACAUUUUCAUCUGUUUUCAAAAUUGAUGUAUACAUUUUAAUCUAGAGGUAUUUGUUACGAUACUGGUUUACCUGGAGAUAUUUAGACUGCAAGGAUUUUUUAAGUCUUGAGGUAUUUGUUACCUUGCCAAUUAUUUUGGGGGUACUUGUUACGUAAACAUUUAAUCUGGAGGUGAGUUCCUUUAAGAAGUUCAUUAGGUAACCUUUUCCUUAACUGUUUUGCCGUAACAGUUUUAAAUCUACCUAUAUUAUAUAAUCUGACAGAAUUUGCUAAUACUUGAUAUUUUUCCCUAUCAUUCAUAUAUUUCCUUUCCUAGAAAUGUUGGCAGUUUGUUCAUUUUAAUAAAUUUUCAAGGUUUAAUUUCAGACUUUGGUGUAAACACACAGGGUUGUGGGAUAUUAAAGCAUUGUACUGGUAGUAGGUUGUAUUUAUUAAUGAAAAACAACCUUAUAGGAUCUUUUACUUGUAUCUCAUAGUUUUGAUAUGUAUUCCAUUUCAACUGCAUUUACUAUAAAAUGGCUGCCAUUUUCUGGUGAACCUUAACUUGAUCAAGACAUAUUUUAUUUUUAUUAGCUCACCUGUCACAUAGUGACAAGAUGAGCUUUUGUGAUCACCCUUCGUCCGUCUGUGCGUCCGUCAACAAUUCCUUGUCUGCACGAUAGUGGUUUCAUUUGUGAUUUUAUUUUAACCAAACUUGCACACAACUUGUAUCACCAUAACAUCUCGGUUCCUUUCUUGAACCGGCCAUAUGCCAUUAUGGGUUCCAGAGUUAUGGCCCCUGAAAGGGCCAAAAUUAGCUAUUUUGACCUUGUCUGCACAAUAGCAGCUUUAUUUAUGAUUUCAUUUUUACCAAACCUGCACACAACUUGUAUCACCAUAAGAUCUUGGUUCCUUUCUUGAACUGGCCAGAUUCCAUUAUGGGUUCCAGAGUUAUGGCCCCUGAAAGGGCCAAAAUUAGCUAUUUUGACCUUGUCUGCACAAUAGCAGCUUCAUUUAUGAUUUUAUUUUAACCAAACUUGCACACAACUUGUAUCACCAUAAGAUCUCGGUUCCUUUCUUGAACUGGCCAGAUUCCAUAAUGGGUUCCAGAGUGAUGGCCCCUGAAAGGGCCAGAAUUAGCUAUUUUCACCUUGUCUGCACAAUAGCAGCUUCAUUUAUGAUUUGAAUUUAAUCAAACUUGCACAAAACUUGUGUCACCAUAAGAUCUCAGUUCCUUUCUUGAACCGGCCAGAUCCCAUAAUGGGUUCCAGAGUUAUGGCCCCUGAAAGGGCCAGAAUUAGCUAUUUUGACCUUGUCUGCACAAUAGCAGCUUCAUGUAUGAUUUGAUUUUAACCAAACUUGCACACAACUUGUAUCACCACAAGAUAUUGGUUCCUUUCUUGAACAGGCCAAACUCCCAUCAUGGGUUCUGUAGUUAUGGCCCAUGAUAGGGGGUGGGGCUUGUUUUCCCUAUAUGGCUAUAUAGAAAACUUUGAAAAUCUUCUUCUCAAAAGCUACUGUUCCGUUUUCAGAAUAAUUUUACACAAAUGUACCUUGGAUGACCUUCUACCAAAUUCCUUGAGAUAAUUUUGAUUCUUCGAAAAACAUGGCGGCCCGCAGGAGACACUCAUUAUCCCUAUAUGGCCAUAUAGAAAACUUUAAAAUUAAAUCUUCUUGUAUGAAACUUCUGGCCUGAUUUGAGAAUAAUUUUAUUUAAAGUUACUUUAAGAAAAUUUCAACUAUAUUUUCUCAUAAUUCUUUUGAUUGAUCUUCAUUAUGAUCUUUUGACCUUGAAGACUUGUCCUUAAGUGCAAUGAUAACAGGUGAGCGAUAUAGGGCCAUCAUGGCCCUCUUGUUUAGCCUAUGUCAGACCUGCUUGUAAAAGGUCAUGUUUUGUUAGUUAAAAUGUCGUGAAAACAUGAGGUAUAGUUUGUAAAAUGUUGCGAUGAAAUUUCAUGUCAGAAAAAAUCAAGCAUAUAUUAGGGAGAGAGCAAUUUUUUUUCUUGUAACAUUAUCUAGUCGAUUUGUUUUUUUACCAUGAAUAAUUUGUCGCAAAAACCCUGAGAAUAAUAUAAGUAUAUUUGAUUCAUAGCAUAAUCUUUUGUAUAUUUUCUGUAAAACAUAAGACAUUUGUCCAAAUUUUAAUGAUGUAGCCAAGUUUAAAAAAUUGUGUUAUUUGUCUGUAUGGAAAACUGUCAUUAUUGGUUAAACAUAGUAAUAAGCAAUAUUAAUAAACUAUGUAGUAUUUGAAGUCUGUGAUAGCCAUCCAGCUUGCUUGUCAAAAAGUCAGUAAUUCUUCCUAGUUUUCUGCUAAUGCCAGAAGCUGGAAAGCCCCCAUUUUAACAUUUAUUGUGUCGCAGUGACUUAAAACCCAAUAAAAAUAAACAAUCCUGUGAUAAUUUUUAAAAAAAAAAAAUGCAUUUUGAUAGAAGUAAAAAGUCACAAAUAACAUUUCAGACAAGAUCACAGCAGUUACUAUGCUUAGAAGGGACAUUUCUACAAAAAUAUCAAAACUUAGUUUGAACUGGCAUGCAACCAGAUGUUCAUUAUAAUACCAUAAUUUUCAAAAAUUGUAAUACAACUUCUCCAAGAUUAUUAAUCAGCAGCAUAUUUAAAUCUGUAUAUUGUAACCCUAGAAACGUUCACGAACACUAUAUUUCGCAUUUCAAUGACGACGGCGAUUUAGCUGCUACAAAGAUUUUGUGGAAAUAGGUUUACAGUUUCUGUAGUAAUGGUUAUGUGCAGUAACAUUACUACAACAGGAAAGUUUACCUCAAGUUUUUAAGGAUCACAGUUAUAUAGAAUCACUUUGGUUUUACUUUUACGUCAUGUGAAAGAGUAUUUUUAGUGGAAAAAACCCAACUGACAUCAUUCUGGAGGAAUGCUUUUUGACAAUCCUUGAAAUUCAAAAAAAAAAACUGACAUCAAACUGCAGGCAUGCCUUUUUGACAAUCCUUGAAAUGUUAUUCGGGAUUGUUGGGGGUCUUUAUUUUGCUGAAGUGUCUGAGGCAGAUAAAUAACUACUUUAGAACAGGACAGUUUGGUACACAAAAUGUUAUUAAAAGUUCUAGGUAAUUCAUGUUGUUGAUAUAAUGUUGGGUUUAUAUUACAAAUAUUUUCGUUACAGUACUGAUAAGAUCAUUUCCUUUUGUAAAAUUGGUUACUGUUGUUUCAAGAAAACUUGUUUUAUGAGAAGCAUUUGCAAAGGAUAGUGUUAGAUAUCACAACAAAACUUCUUCUUUUUUUUUACCAAAGUUCUAUUUUUCUGUUAUUUUUGUCACAAUUACAGGAUAUUAUUAUCUGGAGAUACACUGGGGACACUUCAUUUGAAGGAAGUGUUCCUUAUGAGCAGUUUUUAUUUGGUUUCCUUGGAUACAGUGACUGCUGUUUCCAUGGAUACCAUGUCCUGAGUUUCUAUGGAUACCUGGUCUGCAGUUUCUAUAGAUACCUUGUUAGCAGUUUUUAUGGAAAACUUGUCUGCAGUUUCUAUUGGAUACAUUGUUCGCAGUUUCUAUAGAUACCGGGUCUUCUUUGGACACCUGGUCUUGAGUUUCUAUGGACACCUGGUCUUUAGUGUCUAUGAAUGCCUGGUCUGCAGUUGCUAUGGAUACCAUGUCUAAUUGCUUGUGCAGCAGUGAUUGUCACUGAUGGUGAAUAAAGGGAGAAUCAAAUAAAUAUUUCUUGUAGUACUUAGAUAUUUUGCUUGAAGAAACACAGUAUGAAUGCUGUAUUUAUGGUGGUGAAUCUGGUGUGCCAAAUGAUUAUUUGAGAUUGCCAUUGGAAGCUUAUAUGGAGCCAUUUUUUAAUCAAGGGAAGUGUAGUAAAAAUGUAUAUUGUGUUAAAUGUUGUUUGUUAAUAUUGAGAUUUUUAGCUUACCUUAAAUCAGUGUUUGUGUGCAUUUUUUGGGCAUACUGUAUCAUUAUCUAUGUUAAAUAGUGUUCAUUGUAUGUUAACAAAUGAAACAUGUGAAACAGUUUUAAAAAUUUUAGAAUUUUUCUUAUUUGCUGAUUCACAACAAUAUUCAGUUGUGAAAUGCAACAAUUCCUUGUGUCAUACAGAUAGAAUAGAAUAAGGAAAUAUUUUAGAAAGUGAUUAAAAACUGCUGGAGUAUACAAGUUAGCAAUCUGUUCAAAUAUUGGCAGCAUGCCAAAAUGCACACAUACAUGGUCUCAUGCUAUAAUUUGAGAACUUUUAAAUUGAUGAACAAAUGACUUUUCUAAAAAAAAAAUUGUAAAGCUGAUUUUAACAUAAAUGUUAAGAUGAGUAUUGUAUGAAUGGUAAACCUGUGUUUGCCUUUUGUGUUUUAUGUUAUUCUGUGUUAAUUUUUUUUGUAUUGAUUAUGAUGUAGUACAUAAUUUAAGCAUGUGUAAACAUAUAAAGACAGUUGAAAACUUGAAA